CUGAGAAAAGUGAGAAGUGGUGGCAAGAAGAGAACCUGAGCUUGCUCCGAGUAUAGGAAGUAUAGCUAGUAGUUUAUUAAUAUUUAUAAAUAUUUAAAAUGCCGAUCAGAAACAUCGCAGUCGGCCGGCCCGAGGAGGCCUACCACCCGGACGCCCUCAAGGCGGCGCUGGCCGAGUUCAUCUCUACUCUUAUCUUCGUGUUCGCUGGUGAGGGCUCGGGCAUGGCCUUCAACAAGCUGACCGACAAUGGGUCCACCACUCCAGCCGGCCUCGUGGCGGCUUCCCUUGCCCACGGGUUCGCUCUGUUUGUGGCAGUCUCUGUCGGUGCCAACAUUUCUGGAGGCCACGUCAACCCUGCCGUCACCUUCGGAGCAUUCGUUGGUGGCAACAUCACCCUCCUCCGCGGCAUCCUCUACUGGAUCGCCCAGCUCCUCGGGUCCACUGUCGCUUGCUUGCUCCUUAAGUUCGCCACCGGUGGCCUGACCACCUCAGCUUUCGCUCUCUCCUCGGGAGUCAGUGCCUGGAACGCAUUCGUCUUCGAGAUCGUGAUGACCUUCGGGCUGGUCUACACAGUCUACGCCACGGCAAUCGACCCAAAGAAGGGCAACAUCGGAAUCAUCGCCCCGAUCGCCAUUGGUUUCAUCGUGGGAGCCAACAUCUUGGCUGGCGGGGCAUUUGACGGAGCAUCCAUGAACCCGGCUGUGUCCUUCGGCCCUGCCCUCGUGAGCUGGAGCUGGGACAACCAUUGGGUCUACUGGGCUGGUCCUCUUGUUGGUGGGGGGCUCGCCGGACUCGUGUUCGAGUUCUUCUUCAUUAACCACAGCCACGAGCCCUUGCCCAGCGCAGAUUUCUAAGCGCACUCUGAACGUUCUUCAUCUUCCAUUCGCGGCUUCAAAGAUGUAAUCUGUUUGGAGAUUUUUUUUUUCCCGGUGCUUUAUUUUGUUUAAUUCUCGGUUGUGGUGACUGGUGAUGGCUCUUCCUUGUUAUUCGUCGGAAAUAAAAAAGGAAAAAAGAAAAAAAAAAUAUGUAUCCCUUUUCCUUCGAUAUCAGCGUGCACGAUUAAUCACAUUCAUAAGUGUCCUUUAUUGCCA